AUGAUCCCGAGGAAACCUUUGCCAAUAGCUCUAGGGGCUAGCUUGGCAAUCUUGCUCUUCGUUUGGAUCACCUCUAAUGUCCCUACCACUGUGUCGUACACCCACAAGUCUCAAAGUUAUCUGCAAACAUCGACCAUUGAUAAGGCUAGAACCAAAGCCAACUCAGCGCAAGAAUUGGCUCAGAUGCUUAAGGAGGAAGUGUCCUUUUCAAGAGUGGUGUAUCAAGAUUUCCAUGAUGAAUACACCAAGAUCUCAUAUGUAAACCAAAAGACUGUGGUGGAAGAGGGCCACGGACAGGAAACAACCGUGUUGAUCUUAUCUUCCAUCGUUGAUGAAACAGCAUAUGGGAAGAAUAGAAACUUCGAGGACUUCUUCAAUACUGUGUUUUCCUUAAAUUACCCGAGAAAUUUGGUAUCCUUGGGAUUCCUUGUAGGACUGCAACAAGAAUUCCAAAAGGUUGACUUAUAUUUCAAGAAAUAUUUUGAACCUUUAACUGAAUUGUCGACUACUGACAAGAAUCACAAAAAAAUCAUCCAAAAAUUUGUCAAUAAAGUCACUAUUGUAACUGCUCCAUUUAUAGAAAAGGAGUUUGAAAUCGACAGAGAUAACAGACACAACACAGACGUUCAAAAACAACGUCGUAGAACCAUAGCCAGGUCCAGAAAUUUCAUCUUACUGAACUCACUCAACGACGAACGUUACACAUUGUUCUUGGAUAGUGAUAUAAUCAGAAUUGAACAUAGGGAUAUGAUCAAUAUCUUUGUAGAAUCAGGAAAAGAUAUUGCUGUUCCAAGAAUAGAGAAGGAAUGGGAUCAAGAUUAUGAUAGAAACUCAUGGAGAGGUGAAAGAACUGUGCCUGAUGCCCAACAAUUGGAAAUUAUGGAUAAGAACGACUGGCAGCAUUUUACGUUCAUUCCUGAAGAUAUUGGUGAUAAUAUCUACCAUUUACACCACACUUUGGCCAAUGAAGAUGCGUCAACUAAAGAAUUAACAUACAAUGUGCCUUUGGACGCCGUAGGAGGUGCGAUUCUUUUCCUGAAAUCUAUCGUCUAUAGACAAGGUGUGACAUUCCCAACUUUUUACUUAAUUGGUACAACUUGGCAAAGGUUUGAAGGCUAUGACGGUAUAGAGACUGAAGGUAUAUGUUAUAUGGCAAAAACUUUGGGUUACUCUUGUUGGGGUUAUCCAAAUCUUGUUGCAGAACACUCUCCAGGUGAUUAG